AUGCCAAAGAUCAGGACGCAGAGAACAAAACGGCCUCCAGAGGGCUUUGACGACAUCGAGCCAACGCUAGAAGAAUUUGCAAGGAAGAUGAAAGAGAUCGAGAACGAACCACACGAAGGAAAACGGAUAGUGGAAAGCUCAUGGCCCGUGUUCCGCAUUCACCAUCAACGAUCACGGUACAUUUACGAUCUCUUCUACAAGCGUAAAGCCAUUUCAAGGGAGCUGUAUGACUACUUGCUCAAGAACAAGUAUGCGGAUGCCAAUCUUAUUGCAAAGUGGAAGAAGCCGGGCUUUGAGAAGCUGUGCUGUCUCCGUUGCAUCCAGCCACGCGAUACCAACUUUGGCACCACUUGUAUUUGUCGUGUCCCCAAGGAGAAACUAGAAGAAGGCAAAAAGGUUGAAUGUGUACAUUGUGGCUGUAGAGGCUGUGCUAGUGGUGAUUAA